UUAAUGAUGUCAUCAAAUUGCGCCGGAAAAAUGUGCGUUGGUUAUGAGACGUAAUUCACAAUUUAAAAGAUACCAACACACCAUGGUUUUUGUAAUAGUUUUUUGAUUUCACGAAUGACCGCAAAGAGAUAAAAGAUUAUGCAUGUCUAGGUGUGUUCUAUAAAGUUUUUGUAAACCGGUAAUAUAUGUCAACAUGUCUUUUUUUGUGGACUCGGUCAUUAUGUUCACUUCCCAGGUGCUGUUUUUUGGAUUUGGUUGGCUGUUUUUUAUGCGGCAGUUAUUUAAAGAUUAUGAGGUGCGACAGUAUGUGGUGCAAGUUGUAUUUUCGGUCACGUUUGCAUUCUCUUGCACAAUGUUUGAACUCAUCAUCUUUGAAAUCCUCGGCGCAUUAAGCAGCACGUCCAGAUAUUUUCACUGGAAGCUGAAUUUGUAUGUUAUUCUGCUGGUGUUAAUCUUUGUAGUGCCUUUCUACAUUGGCUACUUUGUGGUCAGUAACAUACGUUUGUUGCAGAGACAGAGAUUGUUGUUUGCAUGUGUCGUUUGGUUCACCUUCAUGUAUUUCUUCUGGAAACUUGGUGACCCUUUUCCCAUAUUAAGUCCAAAACAUGGUAUUCUGUCUAUAGAGCAGCUCAUCAGCCGUGUCGGGGUCAUUGGGGUCACACUGAUGGCUCUACUAUCCGGAUUUGGUGCUGUGAACUGCCCUUACACAUACAUGUCAUAUUUUCUGCGAAAUGUAACAGACAGUGACAUCCUGGCCCUGGAGAGAAGGUUGCUGCAGACAAUGGACAUGAUUGUCAGUAAAAAGAAAAGAAUCGCUAUGACGAGGCGACAGAUGUACCAGCGAGGAGAGGACCAAAACAAACAGACUGGAUUUUGGGGGAUGCUAAAAAGUGUGACUUCCUCUCCAUCAGGCAGUGAGAAUCUGUCUUUGAUCCAGCAUGAGGUAGAUGCCCUCGAGGAGCUCAGUAGGCAGCUCUUCCUGGAGACAGUGGACCUGCAGGCUACCAAGGAGCGGAUAGAGUACUCAAAGACAUUUCAAGGAAAAUACUUCAACUUUUUGGGAUACUUUUUCUCCAUUUAUUGUGUGUGGAAGAUCUUCAUGGCCACAAUCAACAUAGUCUUUGACCGCGUGGGGAAGACUGACCCAGUGACAAGAGGGAUCGAGAUCACAGUCAACUACUUAGGAAUUCAGUUUGAUGUAAAAUUCUGGUCUCAGCACAUUUCUUUUAUCCUGGUUGGAAUCAUCAUAGUCACCUCCAUCCGAGGCCUUUUAAUCACUCUUACAAAGUUCUUCUAUGCCAUUUCUAGCAGCAAGUCAUCCAAUGUAAUAGUGCUGGUCCUGGCCCAGAUCAUGGGGAUGUACUUUGUGUCCUCUGUGUUGCUCAUGCGCAUGAGCAUGCCUCUGGAAUACCGCACCAUUGUCACUGAGGUACUGGGAGAGUUGCAGUUCAACUUCUACCAUCGAUGGUUUGAUGUGAUCUUCCUGGUUAGCGCUCUGUCCAGCAUCCUCUUCCUCUACCUGGCACACAAGCAAGCACCUGAGAAGCACAUGACCCUGUGACCUACUGAAUAGCCACAUGGGAGGGAAAUGGACUGAAGGGUUAAGCCAACUCUUCCUUCAGUUUCUCUUUUUAAUUUAAUUCUUCCACCACUGAAUUUCCUGAAUCAGGAAGGAUAUAGACUGUGCUGGGUUAGUUUACAGGUGAAGGGUUUAUGUUUGACGAGUCCAGUAAUACUAGAGUUAUUGUUCCAUGAUGGUAUUUUAAUUAAGAGUUUUGUUUUGUGUUGUUUUUUUAUGCUUUGUUUUUGUUAAUUGAAUCAGACAUGCAGUCAGCAUUGCUAACAACAUACUUAAUUUUUUGAUUGUUGACUAUCAUUAUAUUAUAAUCAAGUUUCUGUGCUUCAUACGAACAAACCCAAUUUGCAAAAUGCAUUUGUCGGUGUAAAAAUUGACAUCCAAUAAAUGAAAAUCGUGUUUUCAGAACAUAA